AUGACUGUCCUUCCAGCAACAACCAUGCUGCCCCCACGAAGCGCCCUUGGGCGAAUACCGGCUCAUGCCCGACGGGUCCUUCCAGUACGGCCACACUGUGCACAUCCUCAACCCCGACAUUUUACUCAAAGAACACCGCUCCAAAUUGCACCUCCGCCAGGUCGACCCCAACUCGGGUUCCUCUCACCACUAGCCCCGAAUCGACUCCCCCCACCACUCGCAAUCCACUUGCGCCAACAUUUCGGCCGCCUUAUUUCCACAGAGAGCCGUGAAGGCUACAAGCGCCGAAUAUACCGGGGCAUCAAGAUUGGUCUAUCCUUCUGGGCCAUCCUUGUCUUGUUCGAGGUGAUCAAAACAGGCGCCUACCAAGAGGACCUAGAGCACCAAUGGCCGACACCGGGGGAAUGGAAGUGGAAGAAUCGGUACUGCCUGCGUAAUGCGCAGGCUCUCCAGCACCCUGAGUAUAUCGGCAAGAUCAUGACCAAUUGGCCCAUGGUUGGCGCCUACUUGAACCAGCUUAUCGAGGAGCUGGAGGAUACUGAGGGAGAGGGCAAGGGGAUUGUGGACCAGGAAGAAGGGGGGAUUCUGGUUGAAGGCGUUGGACGGACGGGCCUGGAUAUCUCGGCGAAAAGCGAGCCUUGGCGCCGCGGCUACCACCAGGCCCUGAUGGGCGCGGCCAAGGCAGCGGAGAAUCUGGACGGCUGGUUGACGGAUCGUAAGGAGAAGAUUUCUGCGCCCGCGGAGUAUGUUGUUGGGCCUUCGAAUCCGAGACCCAAGCCCAUGCCUACAAAUCAGAAGAAAGUGCUCCAUGAGGAGAAUUGUGAGGCCGCAUCGCCACCGCCAGAAACAUAUUAUAUGAAGGUGUUGACGACCAAGGGGUUUGACACCAGACAGAAACUGGAUGCUGCGCUUGCGUAUGCAGACUGGCUGGAUUUCAAAGGGCUCAGUUCUACGGCUAGUGAUAUGUAUGCCUGGGCAAUGGAUAUCGCGGUUGCUGGAUACCAAGGCGACGCCAGCAAAGUCGUCGAUCCUAAGACUGGUGUCCUGAAAUUCGCGGACACAAAUUGGGCCUCGGAGAAUAUCCUGCGCGUCUCAACUGCGCUCGCAGUUCACAAGGCACGACAACAUGAUCUCGCUUCCGCACUCUCCAUCUUCACCUCAGCGCUCUCCGUCCGACGUUCUCUUGAGAGCUUACCUGGUCCUGAACCUUCUCCCCGACCCAUCACACCACCAAAACGAACUAAUGAUAUCUUCAAACACGUCUUCGAAUCUCUCCAAAAUUUCCUCAUUCCAGCCGAAUAUCCCCCUCCACUCCCUUCAGGCGACACUCCCGCCCUCCACACCACCAACCUUCAAUGCGAAAUCGCGGGCUUGAUGACCUACAUCGGCGAAAUCAUCCACGCCACCUCAUGCCGCGAGCCAGGCCUUUCACGCGAGCGGGGACUCGGCUGGACCCGCGAUGCAGUUCUCAUUGCCGAGAAGCACAUGAAGAGAUGCUCCAGCCCCGCCGACCGGGAUGCCCGCCAGCAAUGUGCGCAAUGCAUCAAGGUUGGCUUGGAAAACUGGAAGUCUAUGGUCUCCUUCCUUCUCAACCAGGCCCGCAGAGAGGAAGCCGAAGCUAUCGAAAAAGCAGGCAAGGCAUGGUGGGGUGGCCAGAGUGCCGCCCAAGCGAAGGCCAAUGAAGUGCUUAAACUGGAAUCCGAGGAGGCCGAACUAAAUGAGCGCAUGCAUAGGCUUUUGCCUGUUCUGGACGGCGAAUCUAGUCUUGGAAGUCUAGCGCCUGAUGUAUCUUUGGCUAUGUAA